UGCGCCUGCUGCUUUUGCCUUGCCUCGCUUUAACUAAAAACAGAAACACAAAUGGCAUUUCUUCAGAGAUUCGUUCACAUGCUCUGCUUUGCCUUUUCUAAAACGCGGUGUUAAAUCUGUGACAGCAGCAGCUUCAGUGAGGGAUUAGAGAAAGCAGAUAAGGAGCCCUGCAAACACUCCCGCUGCCUGCAAACAGGUGUUCCCAUCCUCUGGCUGCGCGCUGAGCCUCAUUCACCAUUGACUGCUACCCGAGCACCAUGUGCACGGCCAUGUAGUUUAGUGGUUUAAAGCAAAACCGCUUACGGAGACUGGGUUAGUGCACAUUUGUUGUAAUGCAAGGACAAUGAUUCAGUUGCGAGAACAUGCAACGUGCUUUGGUGAAAGUAUUUUCUUUUUUGUUAAGUUUCACUUUUUUCUCUCGGAGAUGCAACGGACAAUAUCUGAAUAACGCCCAAAUUCGGGAAACAUGAUACAUUUGGACAUUAUCUAACAGGCUUUACCACAUUACUAGGACUAUUUGUUUGGUCAACUCUUAAUAGUCCAUUUGGCAAAUUAUUUGUUAUUUGGCUAACCUUUGUUGUUCCAUCUGCGCCUGGACGCUUACCUUCGGGAUCCUUCUUGGUGAUUAUUUUCACGCUUCUUCGGAAGUUUUUCCGCUGUCAAACUGGCCAUGGCUGCAGCGAUAGCGAGCUCCCUCAUAAGGCAGAAGAGGCAGGCGAGGGAGCGGGAGAAGAAUAAUGCCUGCCGCUGCGUUAGCAGCCCCACUAAAGUCAAGGGAACCACAUGUGAGAAACCCAACCGACUGAACGUUUUCUCCCGGGUCAAACUCUUUGGCUCCAAGAAGAGGCGAAGGAGACGACCAGAGCCCCAGUUGAAGGGGAUUGUGACGAAGCUCUACAGUCGACAAGGUUUCCACUUGCAGCUGCAGGCAGAUGGAACCAUUGAUGGAACGAAGGAGGAGGACAAUGGUUACAGCGUGUUCAACCUUAUUCCAGUGGGGCUGCGAGUGGUGGCCAUCCAGGGGGUGCAGACCAAACUCUAUCUGGCUAUGAACAGUGAUGGCUUCCUGUACACAUCAGAACACUUUACGCCAGAGUGCAAAUUCAAGGAGUCGGUGUUCGAGAACUAUUAUGUGACAUACUCCUCCAUGAUAUACCGGCAGCAGCAGUCGGGCAGGGGCUGGUACCUCGGUCUGAACAAGGAAGGAGAAAUCAUGAAGGGGAACCAUGUCAAGAAGAACAAGCCAGCAGCCCACUUCCUUCCCAAACCUCUCAAAGUGGCAAUGUACAGAGAGCCAUCCCUCCAUGACUUGACAGAGUUUUCCCGCUCCGGCAGCGGCACACCCACCAAGAGUCGGAGUGCCUCGGCUGUGCUCAACGGCGGCAAAGCCGCGAGCCAGAAUGAGUCGACGUAGCCCGGCAGCCGAACCCAGGCCGGGGGCCGAACCACGAAACCUUACCUCCAGCAGAGCGUGAAUCCAAGCAGACAACUCUCACCGAUCAACGGUUCAGGACUAGCUACGACAACAAACCACACACGAACACCAUCAAUAAAAAAAAGAGUUAGACACCAUCCUGGUCAAUCAUUGUCAAAAAAUCAUCAAUAGUCAGCAAUUUAAUGUCACAUAAACCAUUCUGGACUCAAAAGACAAAUAACAUUUCUGUUUUGGUCUUGAGUUUUAUCCAUUACUUUGACCACUCUCUUUGGGUGAUGAUCGCUUACCAAUAACUCAUCUUUAUCUUAGUUCAUUGUUCUUAAUUUCCUGUACACGAUAACUUUUCUUUGGUAAUUUAGACACCAAGCACUCGUUCAUCUUUAAGACAGGGACAGAAAGUUAGACAUAAAGGCAUUCAGGGCCGCCAGUAAUAGUGCUGGACUACAACGCUGCAGUGGUACAGUACAAGCCCUGAUCUUUGUCUAAUCCAUGCUUCUGUGAAUACAAAGCCUAUAAACUCCCUGGUGUGGCACAUCCUAGUGCUGCUGGGACUGUGGCCAGCCAGACGGUAGCUCUCCUGCGUCCUAGUGCACACGCUCAGAGACUGAGCUCUCUAGCAUGGGAAAUGAAGCCUAUGUUCAGCUGACCUGAAAUAUAAAGGGACAGUGUGGCGCUCUUGCAGUUUUUCUUUUCUUUUCAGAAAUGCCACAGCUGCAUCUUGGUAUUUGCUAAUUUUUGGAAUUAGCUCAGAGUUUUUUUUUUUAAACUGGUUUUGUUUGUGUCCCCUCUUGUUCUCCUCCCUUACCAUUUGUAAGUAUUGUAUUUGUUUUGCUGUUUCAUGAUUGAAGGGGGUUCCGGCAAACCAAAGACAGAAAGAAAGAGUGUCCCUUUAAGCCGCUGAAAACCAAGCCAGGAAAAAGGCAAAGCUGGAAUUUUUUUCUUUCAUUGUACAUUUUUGAUUAAAGAAAGCAAAGAUUUUGUGAAAAAAGUAAUAAUGGACAAAGGAAGUGGUUUGAAACACUUUGGAGUUGGCAACGUGCUUGAUGUUGUACUUUUUGCUGAUAUGCUCGAUGGCCGAGUUAUGAAACGACUAUUCUGUGUUCCCAUUCCCUUUUGUUACCACUGUGUCACGAUGUCUUCGUCUGUUGUCCCUGUGAUCCGUUUUUCCUCUGUGCUUGUGUCAUACUUCAACUCCCCCACCAUCCUUUUUUGUCGACCCCUAUUGACUGAUAACACCAUAGGAAUAUGGUUCAAGCCCCUUCCCAGGAUGCUUGUUAUGUGUUUGAGUAAAUUAUUGUGGUGACAAUAUUUUCUAUAUUUAAAAAAAGAAUACUGUGGACUUUUAGGUGGCUUAACAUUUUAUAGGACACGUCAUAUUUGUAAAAGUGAAAAUAAAACAUACAAAAAGGAACAUCUUCCCUGUCUUGCACAGGGCAUGUACAAACUAAAUGAUGUACAAAAAUGACCCUUUUUGUGGGCUAAGUACUCUUCCUUUCAGCUACAUAACUUUUGUUCUGGUACAUGCUUCUGGGAGGCUUCUUUUCUUGGUUUCCUCCGGAGGUGGUUUGUAUUAGGUGAACCUCUAUGUUGCAUGGGAGAAAGCAGGGAAAUUCUGGUCUAGAGCUGCAUGAUGUAGGCUAUGUGUAUUAACCCAUGUUGGAUCAUGUGUUCCAAACUACCAGACUAAAUCUGAUAAAACAACAUUUAUAGGCAGACAUUGUGGCUGCCUGAUAACUUCCAGUUGUUUAUUAUUUGUUGUAUACACAAAAAUGCACUGAAUAAAAUGUUUAUAUUAAGAUAUACUUUUAAAA